CUUGUGGUACAAUGCCAGAAAGACUAACGGAAAUGCUUACGGAUACGUGGACUCCAUUAAUAAUAUUAUGGAUUACUGUCCUUCCUUCCAUUUAUAUGGCUCCAAUGAAUCAGUCUCAAGUACUACCAAGUGGAUCCAGUUCAGGACUAAAAAAGCUAACUGAAGAACAAAGAGUUUUGAACCGUUCCAAGAGAGGCUGGGUUUGGAAUCAAAUGUUUGUGUUAGAAGAAUUUUCUGGACCUGAACCAAUACUAGUUGGCCGGUUACACACAGACCUGGAUCCUGGCAGCAGCAAAAUCAAGUAUAUUCUGUCAGGAGAUGGAGCUGGAACAAUCUUUGUGAUCAAUGACAAGACUGGAGACAUUCAUGCAAUGAAAAGGCUUGACCGUGAGGAAAAAGCUGAAUACACUCUAACUGCUCAAGCAGUCGACAGGGACACAAACCAGCCUCUGGAGCCUCCGUCAGAAUUCAUUAUUAAGGUUCAAGACAUCAAUGACAAUGCCCCAGAGUUUGUUGAUGGUCCAUAUCAUGCCACAGUUCCAGAAAUGUCUGUUGUAGGCACCUUUGUUACUAAAGUAACAGCUACAGAUGCAGAUGAUCCAGUUUAUGGAAAUAGUGCCAAGCUGGUUUAUAGUAUUCUAGAAGGACAGCCUUACUUUUCUAUUGAGCCACAUACAGCUAUAAUUAAAACAGCUCUUCCCAACAUGGACAGAGAAGCCAAAGAAGAAUACUUUGUGGUCAUCCAAGCAAAGGACAUGGGAGGACAUAUGGGUGGACUCUCUGGAACUACAACAGUGACAAUUACACUCACCGAUGUUAAUGACAAUCCUCCUAAGUUUGCACAGAGUCUGUAUCACUUCUCAGUAAUGGAAGAUGUUGCUCUUGGUGAAGCAAUAGGAAGGGUGAAAGCAAAUGACCUGGAUAUUGGAGAAAAUGCUAAAUCAUCCUAUGACAUUAUUGAAGGAGAUGGAAUGGAUGUAUUUGAAAUUACUACAGAUGACCAAACUCAGGAUGGCAUUAUUAGAGUGAGAAAGCCACUGGACUUUGAGACCAAAAAAUCCUAUACUCUGAAGGUAGAAGCAGCCAAUGUUCAUAUUGAUCCUCGCUUCAUGAGUGGAGGACCAUUCAAGGAUACAGCAACAGUGAAAAUUGUAGUAGAGGAUGCUGAUGAGCCACCAGUCUUUUCAUCACCUGCGUACCUACUAGAAGUGCAUGAAAAUGCUGCUAUUAACUCUGUGAUUGGGCAGGUGACAGCCUAUGACCCUGAUGUGUCUUCCAGUCCUAUAAGGUUUUCCAUUGAUCGGCAUACUGACCUUGAGAGACAGUUCAACAUCAACGCAGAAGAUGGCAAAAUAACUUUGGCAACACCGCUGGACAGAGAAACAAAUCUGUGGCACAACAUAACUAUUGUAGCUACUGAAACUAGGAACCACAGUCAAGUGUCUCGGGUGCCUGUUGCUAUCAAAGUUCUUGAUGUAAAUGACAACGCUCCUGAGUUUGCAUCAGAACAUGAAGCUUUUUUAUGUGAGAAUGGGAAGCCUGGACAAGUAAUUCAGAUUGUCAGUGCUGUUGACAAGGAUGAUCCUAAGAAUGGGCAUUAUUUCCUGUACAGUCUUCUUCCCGAAAUGGUCAACAAUCCAAAUUUCACCAUCAAGAAAAAUGAAGAUAAUACUCUCAGCAUAUUGGCAAAGCACAGUGGAUUCAGCCGGCAGAAACAAGAAGUGUAUCUACUGCCAAUCAUAAUAAGCGACAGUGGAAAUCCUCCCAUGAGCAGCACUAGCACUCUCACUAUUCGAGUGUGUGGUUGCAGCAGUGAUGGUAUUGUCCAGUCCUGUAACGUUGAAGCAUACGUACUUCCCAUUGGACUCAGUAUGGGAGCCCUAAUUGCAAUACUAGCGUGCAUCAUUUUGCUGCUAGCCUAUGAUGCUUUCUUUGCAGUCAUUGUGGUGCUGUUUGUAACACUAAGAAGACAUAAGAAUGAGCCACUAAUCAUCAAAGACGAUGAAGAUGUGAGGGAAAAUAUUAUUCGCUAUGAUGAUGAAGGAGGUGGAGAAGAAGAUACGGAAGCUUUUGACAUUGCAACUUUGCAAAAUCCAGAUGGAAUUAAUGGAUUUUUGCCUCGUAAGGAUAUUAAGCCUGAUCUUCAAUUCAUGCCCAGGCAGGGUCUCGCACCUGUUCCUAAUGGUGUUGAUGUUGAUGAAUUUAUUAAUGUAAGGCUUCAUGAAGCAGAUAAUGAUCCCACGGCUCCACCAUAUGACUCUAUCCAGAUUUAUGGCUAUGAAGGAAGAGGGUCAGCAGCUGGUUCCCUUAGCUCAUUGGAGUCCUCUACAUCAGACUCAGAUCAGAAUUUUGACUACCUCAGUGAAUGGGGUCCUCGCUUUAAAAGACUUGGAGAACUUUACUCAGUUGGAGAAAGUGACAAAGAAACUUGA